UCAUUUUCGGCGGCGUGUUUUGCAAUCGGUUUGAAUGUUUACGUCGCGGUUUGUAGUUUUUUUGUUGUUGUUCAAUAGAAAAGCUUCUAGCAAUAGUAAAACAACUAGAAAUUAUGGAUUCCGGACUUUCGAGUCGCAAUAGCACGGUGGGCAAUCAGUACCGUUCGUAUAUGAAGCAGGAAAAUGCGAAACAACAACGCCAUUCGCUGCCAAUCUACUCGGUGCGAAAAUCGUUGAUGGAAAUGGUACGAAAGUCAACUACCAUAAUCGUACUCGGCGAAACCGGAAGUGGCAAAACGACGCAAAUGCCACAAUUCAUCUACGAAGCCGGACUUAACGGAGACAAGACGAUAGCCAUAACACAACCCCGUCGUGUGGCCGCUAUUACAGUAGCCAAGUGGGUUGCCAUGGAGAUGGGCACCAAUCUGGGAGAUGUGGUGGGUUAUACAGUGCGCUUUGAGGAUAUGACGUCGGGAAACACACAGAUCAAAUACAUGACCGAUGGUAUACUGUGCCGUGAAGCACUUUCCGAUCGACAGCUACGCAACUACAAUGUGAUUAUACUGGACGAGGUACAUGAACGUACCGUUGCAACGGAUGUGCUGCUUGGAGUGGUGAAAAAGGCCCAACAGAUACGAGCCUCCAAGCGUAUGCCUCCGCUAAAGGUCAUCAUUAUGUCGGCCACGAUGGAUUGCGACCACUUUGCAAACUACUUUUCUGACUGUCCGAUCGUGUAUCUGCAAGGACGUACGUACCAGGUCAAGGUUUACCAGAUGGUAGAGAAAAUGCAUUACAUUGAAGCGUGUUUGAAGACGGUGGUGGAAAUUCAUCAAACGCAGCCUGCUGGAGAUGUGCUGGUGUUCCUUACUGGACAGGAAGAAAUCGAUGCCACCGUCAACAAAAUGCGUCGGUUAGCAAAGAGCUUUCCGUCGGAUCUUCCAAAGCUGGCUGUAUAUCCUAUGUACGCAGCUCUGCCACAAACGCAACAAUUGGACGUGUUCAAUCCGGCACCAUCCAACGUUCGGAAGGUUAUAUUUGCAACCAAUAUCGCGGAAACGUCGAUUACCAUUAACGGCAUCCGAUACGUAGUCGAUUGUGGGCGAGCUAAGGUGCGUUCGUACGAUCCCAUCACCGGUAUGGAUAUGCUGAAAGUAUGCUGGAUAUCACAAGCACAGGCCCACCAACGCACCGGACGAGCGGGUCGUGUCAGUGAUGGCAUCUGCUUCCGAACGUACUCCAAGGAAGCGUACGAGCAUUUGGAUAAAAUGACAGCACCGGAAAUUCUGCGCUGCAAUCUUUCAGCCACCAUCCUUAACCUGCUCGUGAUGGGGGUUAACUAUAAGGACUUUGACUUUAUCGACAAACCACCGGAAGAAGCUAUCGUUGGAGCACUGCUAGAGCUGAAGGCAUUGAAUGCGAUCUCGUCGGUAGAGAAUCCUAUACUCACCGCGCUUGGUGGCAGGAUGGCUCGCUUUCCGCUCGAUCCAAAAUACUCCAAAAUGUUGCUUUCGGCGUCGAAAUUCGGUUGCCUAGAAGAGAUGCUGACAAUCAUUGCGAUGCUCUCGGGAGAGAACAUCUUUACCAAUAGUGCGCAAAAGCGCGAACAGAUGCUGAUCGCACAUUCAAAGUUUUACGACAAAUCGGGCGAUCACAUCACACUGCUGAAAGUGUUUAACGAGUUCAAGACGAAAACGAAGCCUAAAAUGUGGUGCUUUGACAAUUUCCUGCACGAACGCAAUCUAACGCAUGCGGCUUCAAUCCGGGAACAGUUGAGCGAAAUAUGCAAAGCGUUCGACAUUCCCAGCAGCACGUGUGGCAACGAUACGACACCGGUGGCUAAAUGUUUGCUGACCGGACUGUUCGCCAAUAUCGCCACCAAGCAACCGGACCAUCUCUACCUGACCUCGGCCAGUGGGCUAAAGGCCCGCAUACAUCCGUCCAGUUCUAUCUCCGGCAAACUGCGACCCCCGGUUGUCAUCUAUACGGAACUGGUAGCAACGCGCCUAAACUAUCUACGGAACGUUACCGAAAUCGAUCCGGCGUGGAUCGAUGAAGUUGUGCCAAAUGUUAACUUACGCCAGACGAAACAUUUAAGUGAGCACACGUUUCGAUCGUGUCAAGGACACAAGUGAAUAAUACUGCGGAAAUAUUCUUUAGACUAGCUAAGCAAUUUACCAGCAAGGUAGAAUCGUGCAUUUGUGAACUUCUUUACUUAGUUCGACUAGGUCUCUUUUGGAGUUUUUUUUUUUGUAAAAUAGAUUCGUUAUGAAACCGUG